AGUGGUGAUGCAAGAAGUUUCUAGGAAAGCGCUACCAGAACUUGACAAAAUGGCUUGCGCAGCAGACAGCUGCAUACAAUUCACACGCCAUGCAAGUGAUGUCCUGCUCAACCUGAAUCGGCUGCGUAGCAGAGAUAUUCUCACAGAUGUCACUAUCUUGGUUAACAGACAGCAGUUUCGUGCACACAAGACCGUUCUCAUGGCUUGCAGUGGGCUGUUUUACACCAUCUUUACUGACUCCCACAAGUGCAACCUUAAUGCUAUCAGUCUGGACCCAAAGGUGGACCCGGAGGGCUUUGCCAUCCUGCUGGAGUUUAUGUACACCUCCCGUCUCACACUAAAGGAGAGUCUGAUUAUGGCAAUCAUGAACACAGCCAUCUACUUGCAGAUGGACCAUGUUGUGGACACCUGCCACAGAUUCAUCAAAUCCAGUGAUCCUGCUAAACUGCCCAGAGAUGAGUUUUUGGUCAGUCCGUUAGUUUUACCUCAGGAUGUCCAUGCUUACCGGCCCCAUGAUGUUGUUGACAGUUUGCACAGCCGCGUGGCUCCAUUCAGGGAUGGGAGGCCCUACGGUUCAAACAUGUUCAACGGGGUCAGCACCCCCAGCAACUACCAUCUCUACGGGCAGUUUCCUAUGCCAGGAUUCCCUUUCCCUCUCUGCAAGCUGACUGAUGCCAAAAACGCUUUUGCUGACCUCUCGAAGAGCGGUAUCCAUCACAAGCAUUGUUCUCCACAUGACAGCGCCAACACCAUCAGGGCAGAAUACUCCAGGGCGGUUGGCACCAGCUCCUCCAGCAUUAUUCACUCCACCGCCUACGCUGCCAGGGAGGUAGGGAGAGACGAUGAGAUGAGAAAAGAAAGCCACGAGGGGCUCAGCCAGUCUAUCGGUCUCGGUACAAGAAAGCGUGCGUUCCCCGUGUUGACCUUCGAGCACCAGAAAGACUCAGGCAAAGAGCACGCUCCUCAGGCAGAGGAAGACCUGAUCCACCAGCACUACCCGCUGGGAAUCUCCUCCACUGGACGCAAGAGCCUCAUGAGCAGCCCGCAGAGCCCCCUCAAAUCAGACUGCCAGCCAAACUCCCCAACAGAAUCUAGCAGUAGCAAGAACGCCGGCCUGUCUCAAGCCGCCGGAGCUCAAGCCCCAGCAGGUGCUCAGGACCCCAAAGCCCGCAACUGGAAGAAGUACAAGUUCAUCGUCAUGAAUCAGAGUGCCAAGGAAGACGAGGUGGGGCUGAGGGAUCCCGGGCUGCGUUCGCCUCAGCGACUCGGCUUGCCACCAUACCUCCACCCCAGUGACUCUGAGAACCUGGACCCACAAACAACAAGCAAGAGCAACGAUCACAGCGAGGAUCUACCCGUACCACAGGCUAGUCGUCUCAACAACAUCAUUAACAGUGCACUUGAGGGGUCUAUGAGGAAUGGUGACAGUCAUCCUCCACACUACCUGAACCGCCUCAACUGCUCAUCUUGCGGCUCUCAGUCACCACAGCACUCAGAGGUCUGCGCCAACACCUCCAGGUCCCGUCUAGCAGAAGACAUGGCAGAGCUGCAUUCAGAAUAUUCAGACUCCAGUUGUGAGAACGGUACAUUCUUCUGUAACGAAUGCGACUCCAAGUUUGCCGACGACGAAACUCUGAAACAACACAUGCUCCAGGUACACAGCGACAAGCCAUACAAGUGUGACCGCUGCCAGGCUGCUUUCCGCUACAAGGGCAACCUCGCCAGCCACAAGACCGUUCACACAGGAGAGAAGCCGUAUCGCUGUAAUAUCUGUGGUGCUCAGUUUAACAGACCAGCUAACCUCAAGACUCACACUCGCAUCCACUCAGGAGAGAAGCCAUACAAAUGUGAGACGUGUGGAGCUCGUUUUGUACAGGUUGCUCAUCUCCGCGCCCACGUGUUGAUCCACACGGGCGAGAAGCCAUACCCCUGUGAGAUCUGUGGGACCCGCUUCCGUCACCUGCAGACGCUGAAGAGUCACCUGCGCAUACACACAGGAGAAAAGCCCUACCAUUGUGAGAAAUGCAACUUGCACUUCCGCCACAAGAGUCAGCUACGGUUGCAUCUCCGGCAGAAGCACGGCGCCAUCACUAACACAAAGAUCCAAUACCGUAUGUCCACAGCUGACAUGCCCACUGACUUGACAAAAGCAUGCUGAGUUGUAAGAAGAGAAUCAUUUUUGACAGAGGCAAUCUUGACCUUGGCAUUUAAAGACCCCCCCAACUUGUACAAUCAUCCAAAAUUGUAGUGCCACACUGUGUUCAUUAGACAAAUAAAUUGGCUGUGUAUGCCAUUCUAAACGGGUUUCCACUACAUGUGAACGUAGAGCCACAUAUGGCAUCUUA